AUGGCUGAUAAUACAUCAUAUCUUUCACCGGAAAUCAUAGAAAAUAUCCUGUCGAGAUUACCGGCUAAAUCUCUUCUUCGAUUCAAAUCAGUUUCGAAAUCAUGGAACACCAUGAUCGCCGAUCCUGUAUUCGUCCAAAAUCAUAUCCGACAAUCCAAACAUUCAAACUCCGACAACCUUUUUCUAUAUCAGGAUGCAGCGUUUUGUUCUUGCACCAUAUACAAAUUGGGAGAUCAAAAAAUCCAAACUUCACAAGAAAUAGAAUCCCCCUACAUCUCGUGGUAUGAGCUAUGCUUUUGCGACGGCGUGAUUCUCUUAACCGACGGCACGUACCGGAGGUUCGUGUUGUGGAAUCCAUCCACUCGAACGUCGCGAAAGCUCUGGCACAAGUAUCGCUGUCGCUACGCAGCUUUCGGGCUUUGUCGCGAUCCGACCACCGACGAUUUCAAGGUUGUUAUUGUUGAUAAAGACUACUACUCGGUUUAUUCUUGCAGGAACAAAUCAUGGAUCGCGUGCAGAAACGAAUACAAAAUCGAACACACUGGUUUAAGCAUGUGCGCCGGUUGUAAUAUCGGGGGAGUCAGCGUCGAUGGGGCUACCUAUUGGGUUUUCAGGUGCCGGAAUUCCAUACGGAUAGUGUAUUAUGAUCCGAGAGACGACAAGUUCGAGUUUUUGCAAAAGCCGGAAGACGACGUAGUCAACGACAACAGAUGGUUUUACGUGGUUGAACUGAGGGGACGCUUGUGCUUGUACUACAACAGUAUAGACGACGAGUCCACUAUUCAGAUUUGGACAAAGGAAAAGGGCAUUGAUGGUAAUUCUUGGAACAAGUUGAUGACGGUUGAGAAUCAUGUGGAGAUGUCGAUUUGGGAGUUUCAUCCGCUAUGUUUCGUCGGAAAUAAGAUUGUGAUUCUGAAUAGAGAUCUUCGUACAUUACUCGUUUACGACCCUUGUAAGAAGAGGCUUGAAGAUUUUGAAGAGGACACUGCGGAGAUGUUCGGCUUUGUGUCGGUUUCAGUUCCGAUUCCGUAUGUAGAUAGCCUUUUCUUCCACACUGAGACUCCGAGACCCAAGGCGAAGGGAAAGCUGAAGCGUUUACGGUAA